GCAUUGGUUAACGUCACUGGGACUCUCAUUGACUGAUACAGGUAUUUCGCCGGUGUUGAUGUCCAAAACUUGGUUUAGGCAGGGAGUUUGCAAGAGCCAAGGAAGGGAUCCAGAAUGUUUGAGCAAGUGAGGCAGCUUCAGCUAAAUCAGAAUGAAUUUCUUGACACUACUUUGCACUCACUAAAGAAAGGUUGGAUUUUGCAUUUUGUGCUUGGGUCAUCCCUGCAAGCAAGCAAAGUACGUGUUUUCACCAAUCAUCCGACAACAGCUUCCAAACGUUUCAAGCGCAAUGAGUUCUACGAACUAGCUUGGGAGAGCCAUGCCAAGUCGAAAUGUGAUGCAUCCGACAACUACUGCGAAGUACUCAUAGCAGAAGCUGGAUCUUACCAAUAUUAUUUCACUCUUCAAGAUGGGUUGAAAAUAAUUGGAUCUGGUUACUUUGUUGUUGAGCCAACGUUGCAUUUGACCUCAGAAUCUGACCUCUUGCCUUUAGAUUGCAUCACAAUACAGACAGUUCUUUCCAAAUGUCUCGGCCCAUUUUCAGAAUGGGAGGACCGCCUCUCUGUCACCAGGAACACUUCGUACAAUAUGAUCCAUUUUACACCCAUACAGAAGUUGGGCGCAUCAAAUUCCUCUUAUUCCAUCAACAAUCAAAAUAAAUUGAAUCCCACGAUAACUGCUGGUAGUGAUGUCACGUUCAACAGCAUUGGUGAGCUUGUAGAGAAAAUGCAAACUGAAUGGGGAGUGCUGAGCGUAAUGGAUGUGGUGUGGAACCAUACAUCAUUUGACAGCCAAUGGCUGAAAGAGCAUCCAGAAUGCGGGUACAACCCAAUCAACUCUCCACAUCUUCGACCCGCUUUUAUCCUUGAUCGACAUCUUAACCAGUUCAGCCGGGAUGUCAUGGAAGGCAGAUGGGAGUCAAAAGGGGUUCCACCAGUCAUUGAUGCAGACCACCACAUCCAGGCAAUUCAACACGUUCUUCAGGAGCAUAUGCUACCGGACCUGAAGCUUUGGCAGUUUUAUCAAGUUGAUGUUUCCAAAAUUGUUGAAGAAUUUUAUGCACAUGUCAAAGAUAUACCAUACACUAAGGAUGAUGAUGUCAUAGAUGCAAAUGAAGUUGUUAUCAUACAAGACCCAAAAUUCAAGAGAUAUGGAUGUACAAUAGAUAUGGAUAUUGCUGGCAAAGUCUUCCAUAACAACAGGUCAGACCUUGAAGGGGGUGAAGACAUUAUGGUAGAAAACAAAUCGAAAUUGAAGUCUCAUUUGGAAAAACUGAAUAAACACGCUGAGACUGAAGUGAAAGAGGACUUGCGAUUGGCUGUCAAUAGUGUGAUGUCUCACGUUUAUUACCACUACGUUAAUCCCAGUGGCCCUCGUGUUGGCAAAGUCACUACCAAGAAUCCGCUUGUGCCAAAAGGCUCUGAAUGCCUAUAACUCACAUGAGCAAGGCCGUCUUGUGUACCGUUAUGGAGGCAACCCUGUUGGAUCUUUCUUGCAACCGCCUGUUAGACCUUUGACCUCAUCAGUCGCUCAUGCCUUGUUAAUGGAUGUUACCCAUGACAACCCUUCUCCAAUUGAGAAACGUUCUGUGUAUGAUAUGCUACCUAGUGCAGGCCUGGUUGCUAUGGCAAGCUGCGCAAGUGGCUCAAGCAGAGGGUAUGAUGAACUGGUUCCUCAUCACAUACAUGUGGUGAAAGAGAAGCGUUUGUAUCCAAGAUGGAAUGAAGAUUGUUGCAGCAGUGCAGAAGUGAACCUGUCAACUGGAAUUAUAGCUGCCAAAAAGGCUCUUAAUAACCUCCAUCAAACACUUGGUUAUGCUGGAUUUAAUCAGGUAUAUGUUGAUCAAGUUGAUGAGAGUAUUGUUGCAGUGACGCGACAUUGCCCCAAUAAUCACCAGUCCGUUAUCCUGGUAGCAAGGACAAGUUUUCAGCCCCCUUCAAAUCCAGGCUACACUGGCUAUGUCCCACCUCUAUGCAUACCUGGAGUGGUAGAUGAGAUUGUUUUGGAAGCAAAAAUGGUUCAGAAAAAAGGAAGCAGUGGCUUUAAAAAGAACAAUAACUUUGUGAAUGGCUUGUCGGAAUACAGAGUGGAAAUGCAGGAGCAUAUCCCGCUAUUCAGCAGUAACAUGGUGGAGUUGACAGACGGUGGGGAGAUGAACUCACCGGUGCAAGAGGUGGACUUCAUUGAUUUUCCUCCGGGGAGUGUUAUUGCGUUCCGAAUUAGUCUGAAUCCUGUUGCAAGAAUGGCUGUGCAAUCGUUGCGGUCGUGUGUCGCUCAGUUUGGGUACCGUGUGAGAACUUUGAGCGGCAAUUCUCCACGGAGCAAUUGCGACUUCAUGUCGAUUGCGGAAAAGUUGACCCUGGGUGAUAUGAACCAGGUUCUGUAUCACUGUGAGAAUGAAGAAAAGGAUGAUGGGAAAGGAGGUGGCCUCUACCACAUUCCAGGCUAUGGAAAUACAGUUUAUUGCGGAAUACAAGGUUUUAUGAGCAUUUUAUCUGAUAUCCAUAAGAAGAAUGACUUAGGACAUCCACUAUGCAAGAAUUUACGUGAUGGUGAUUGGAUGGCAGGCUACACUGCAAACCGUCUGAAAUGGCAUCCGUCAACCAGAGAGCUUGGAAAAUGGUUUGAGAAUGCUUUCGAACCUUUGAAGCACAUUCCAAGGUAUUUAAUUCCGUCCUACUUUGACGCCAUUCUUGCUGGUGCUCACUCAGCCUUGCUUAAUCUUUGUUGGAAGAAGAUGACACCGUUUGUUGCGCAAGGUUCCUCCUUCGUUAAAGCAUUGGCACUUGGUUCGGUACAAAUGUGUUGCAUUGUCAAAACUGCGCCUCUUCCAAAACUCUCACCAGCCCUUGCUGACGUGCCAACUAUUGUGGAAGAGGAUUCUGGAAAGCAAAAGCAGAACGUUGUUAGCAUGGCAGCAGGACUACCGCAUUUCUCCAGCGGAUUUAUGAGGUCAUGGGGUCGUGACACAUUCAUUGCUUUCAGAGGACUCCUGCUACUUACAGGGCGCUUUGAUGAGGCUAAGUACAUAAUACUUGCGUUUGCUGGGACUGUCCGUCAUGGUUUAAUUCCCAACUUACUUGGCGGUGGACAACAUGCCCGGUACAACUGCCGUGAUGCUGUCUGGUGGUGGCUGCAGUGCAUCCAAGACUACUGCAGUAUGGCACCAGAUGGCAGGGAACUCUUGACGUGUAAAGUCUCAAGGAUGUAUCCAAAGGACUGUGAUGAAGCUCAACCAGCAGGCUUUGUGGAUCAAGAUUUAUCAGAAGUUAUACAAGAAUGUUUACAACGCCAUGCUCAUGGUAUAUCGUUUCGGGAAAGACAUGCUGGUACAGGAUUAGACGUGAAUAUGACAGACAAAGGAUUUGAUGUUUGUGCUGGCAUAGAUCCCCAAACUGGAUUUCCAUUCGGGGGCAGUGAAUGGAACUGCGGAACAUGGAUGGAUAAAGUUGGAGAAUCCGAUUGGGCAGGAAAUCGUGGACAUCCUGCCACCCCAAGGAAUGGUUCUGCUAUUGAGAUUGUUGGCCUGUGUAAGAGUGCAGUUAAAUGGCUUAAGGAGUUGAGCAGCCAAGGUCAUUAUCCUUUCAACUAUGUACAGAUCAUGAUUGAUGGUAAGCUCAGUAGUAUGACAUAUGCAGAAUGGGACAAGAAAAUCCAGCAAAACUUUGAGAAUAAAUUUUGGAUCAGUGUGGAUGCAGACCGAGAGGUUGAUAAGAUGAUCAACCAGAGCGGUAUCUACAAAGACACGGUCGGAGCCACUCAAUUCUGGGCAGACUAUCAGCUUCGGCCCAACUACCCCAUCGCCAUGGUUGUGGCACCUGAGUUGUUCACUCCCGCAAAUGCAUGGACAGCAAUACAGAUGGCGGAAAAGAGUCUUCUUGGACCGCUUGGGAUGAAAACAUUGGACAAAAGUGAUUGGGCAUAUAAUGGUAUAUAUGACAAUGGAUAUGAUGGUCCAGACAAGAACACUGCAAGGGGAUUCAACUACCACCUUGGACCAGAGUGGAUAUGGCCAACAGGGUAUUUCCUGCGUGCAAAGCUUCAUUUUAGUAAACUUGUAUUACCGCCGUCAGGUCAAGCUGAGGUCAUCAGCACGGUCCAGCAAACCCUAAUACAACACCACCAAGCUCUGGAAGCAUCGCCUUGGAGAGGUCUUGCUGAACUGACUAAUGAGGAUGGAGCUUACUGUAAAGACAGCUGCCCCACUCAAGCAUGGUCUAUGAGUUGUAUCCUAGAGGUGUUGUAUGAUUUAGAUCAAAUGAUCAAAACCAGAGAAAACAUAGAAUAAGCAAUUAAGGGAUGUUUGAAUUUUAUUAUAGUUCCUUUAAGUGUAAAGUUUUAUAUAUUUUAUAGGUGGUGGUGGUAAUCAGUGAAUAGAAGGGAGCUAUAAAGAAUUUGAUAUGAAUUGGAAAAUUAUGAAAAGUUGUGAGAACAAAAUGAAUGAUGUUUUAUUGAAUGAGAUGUGUUAAUGAAUACUGGAUACUGUUUACAAUUACUAAAUGCAUAACAUGUGAAUGCAUACCAUCUGAAUGCAUACAAUAGUGCAUCAUACCAUGUAAACGUAUCAUAUCAUUUUAAUUCAUGCAUUGUGUGAAUGGACUCUUAUGUAAAUGCAUACUGUUUGAAUACAGACCAUGUUACUGCAUAAAGUGUAAAUGCAUGUGAAUGCAAAACUCAAAAUAUGUACCAUCAUAAAUACAUCCUGUAUGGAUUUCCAUCUGAAUGUAUCUCAUUAAUACCAUGUGAACGCAAAUCAUCUGAAUAGUACCAUAUGGAUGCAUACUUUUGAUUUGAACACAUAAGUGUGAAUGCAUAUCAUCUCAUUAGUACAGUGUGAAUGCAUUUCACCUCAUUAGUACAAUGUGAGUGCAUAUUAUCUCAUUAGUAUAGUGUGAAUGCAUAUUUUUCAUCUCAAUUAGUAUAGUGUAUAGCUUUCAGCAUACAUCUCAAAUUGCUAGUUACUGAGUGAACCAAUAUUAUAGAUUGCCAAUUUGAAUGCAUAGCAUUUCGUUAAUGCAGUAUAAAUACGUCAUUUCAUUCGUACAGUGGUUCUCAGGAACUGGGCCCUGGGCUUCCUGAAUACACAGCACUCUUCCAACAGAGUGUUGGAAUUAAAGUCCAGGAGCAGACAUCCAGAAAUUAAAACAUUUUUUUUUUUAAUAAAAUAUCAAUUCCCAAUGCAAAGUUGUUUACUCACAGCUAGGCUCCCUUACAUUCUGAAAUUUAAAUAGUCUGAAAUAAUGAAGAAAUGGUUGCUAGAUAGAAUUCACAGAGAUUGGAUACGAAUCAAUUUAUAGUAAUACAACAGGCUACGCUAUUAUUUACGGCCACUUUUGUUACUCUCGUAAAUCAAUUACUAAAGUACAUGUACCCCCAACUCUUCCUCGCCCUUUGUUAAAUAAAUAAAAGUUUGUAAGUGCAUACCAUGAACAGUGGUUACAAGCUCUCAUGGAAUCCUGGUCAUAAGUCUGCUGGAUGCCAAGCACUCAAUUAACCAAAUUCAAAUUUUAUGAAACACUCUAAACCACCUGUGGGCAUAAAAACGAGUCGGAGGGCAUAUGUGAAUUUGUGAUUUAACAAUGACGGCCGCACUCAAACUUCGAUGUUUCCAGCGUGUUUGCAAAAACCUUCCAUGUACAGCUUUUAUGCUGCAUUAUAUUCUCUUUGAGAUAUGGUUUUGGCAGGCCAUAAAAAUGUAUUUCUAGCUAGAGAUGGUUGGCGGACCGCACACAUAGGGUUUUAAAGUUUUUUUUUGUUUUUUUUUUUGCGGCAGGAACUUUAAUCACCGGUGCAAGCUGCAUUUUGCUCGCUGGUGCUCUAAACUAAGUGAAUAAAAAACAAAUCCUGGUUUUAACUUACACUUUUUAGCACAGUCGAAUGUUAUUUGCCUUAAUACGUAGGGACACAUGACAACAUUACAGUAGGCGUGCAAUACUGUUGUAUGUCUCUCUAUAACUAAUAACUUUUUAGAGUUGGUCCAUUAUUUUUAAUGUUUCCUUAUAAAUAUAAAAACUGACAACGAAAUUGAUUUAUUAUACCGUAUUUAUAUUAGCAGUGUUCCAAUGGGGCCUCAAUCAUCGCAACAAAAUGAUUAAGUCUUUUAACUUUUUAAAAAGUAAUUGAUGCAACAUAAUUUACGAAACAUGUGGAGCAGCAUGUAAGGCGUUGGUCUUUAAGUCAGAUAGGCGGGGGUUCAAGACAGAUGCUCGUCACACGCUCGUCACACUAUUGAGUAAAGAUGUUUACCUGUUAUGUUAGGAGGUGAAUGAUUCGUAAUGAAAUUAGUAGUGCUGAUUACACACGUAACUAGGAAUAUUUCCCAGGGAGCUGAGGAGGUUGUACGUUGUGUAUGAUUGAUUUUGUAUCCAAUGACCCAGAGAAAAAGCGCCUAGGCUAGUAUUCUUGAUAUGUGCGCCAUAUAAAUCCUUUUAAUUGAAAAUAAAACAAAAACAAAAAAAAAAUUUAAAUAUGCACAGAAAUAUUAUUAACAAAAUUAUUUUUAACGAUAUAGAUAUACAGUAGCCUAUUUAGCCUUAAUAUUCAUAAAUGUUCUAAGGUGGUGAGGGAUGCCUAUAAUAAUUCAGUGUUUUCAGAUUUAAUAUUCAAAUGUUCUAUGGUAGCAAGGGUUGGCUAUAACCAGUUUUUUUCAGCCUUAAUAUUCAAAGUUCUGUGGUAGGGAUGGGUCUGAAAUAUACCUCCUGUAAAAUAAUUUACUGGAAUGCAUGGCCUACAACAUUUCCUCACCCCUUGGUUCAAGGACUAGGCUUUAAGCCACUGACCAUGAAUGGAUUGCCGUAUGGAUAGAUAAAAUAUGUACCAUGUUAAUGCAGCUUUAAAAUGUUGAUACAUGUAAUGCAUGCUGUGUGAAAGGGUACCACCUGAUGCAUGUGGAUGCAAAUCAGUUGAAAGAAUACUGUGUGAUUGUGUAUAUAGUGCAUACCUUGUGACAGCGUACUAUUUGAUGCACACUAUAUGAAUGUGUAUUAUAUAGUACAUACCAUAUGAAUGCAUCCCUUGUGAUGCAUACUAUUUGAAUGCAUACCAUGUGAAUGCGUAUAUCAUGUGAAUGCGUAUACCAUGUGAAAGCAUACCAUGUGAUAAUACCAUAUGAAUGUGUAGUGCGUACCGUGUGAAUGCAUACCAUGUGAUGCAUACCUUGUGAUUGCAUACUGUGUGAAUGCAUACCAAAUGAAUGCAUGACAUGUGAAUGCAUACUAAAUGAAUGCAUACCAUGUGAAUACAUACCAUACAAUGAAUGCUGUUUAAACGCAUGUCAUGUGAAUGAGUGUCGUGUGAAUGCAUACCUUGUUAUAAUACUUACAAUGCACUGAAUGCUGUGCAAAUGUAUACCAUCUGAUGUGAUGAGUAACGUGUGAAUGCACGCCUUGUGAAUGUGUAGUUACGAUGAAAGUGUACCCAUCAUUCAUCUUAUGUGAAUGCAUAUCAUGUGAAUGUGAUUAUAUAUUACACAAUUUUCAACCAUUUUAUCCACAUUGUUUUAAAACUAAACCAAGAUCUAUCUAGGAAUUUGAAAUAUAAUUAAGAAACGGUUAGAAUUAACAGUGUGUGUUAUUGAUAAACGAUGUACUAUUUUUUUUAGUGAAACCCAGAAUCAUCUACCACCAUAUAUUUGACAUAGUAAUAAUUACCAACAAAUUAAUAAAUGCAUGCCACCAUAAGCAAAUGCUGUGCCGUGGUUAUGUUAUACAUAUGAUUCAGAUAUUUUGAAUAUGAAAGAAAUUAUUUAUUUGAAGAGUUAUAUGAUAUGUGCAAUGCUGAGUUACAUUCAAAUUACAAUAGUAAUUAUUAUUAAUAGAAUUAUUAAUUAUUUUUUAUUACAAUAAUACUAUUAUUUCAUUAUUAUUUUUACUAAUAUUUUUGUCAUCAUAUACACGUUUGCAUCAGCGGCAGUGGCGUAUCUAGGAGGUGCGGUAAUGAUUUAAUGGGGGGGGAGGGCAAUGAUUUAAUGUUGGGGGUGGCGGGCGAUAGGUAGUGAAAAAGGAUAUGUGAUUUUUAAGUAGUAAGAGUAUUUUUGUUCGCUUCAGACAUUUUCUCACCUCACUAAGAGUGGGGAGAGAGCAUGCGCGCCGCUAGAUAUUUUACUGAUCAGCGCAUGUACGUGCCUUGCAGACUACAGCAGGUCUAUAAUACCAGCUCGCGUUGGUGUUAUAAUUGCUAUUAUUUGUUUAUUAUUAUUUAUUUAUAUAGGCCUAUUGUUAUAAGAAUAUUUACCAUCUGAUAGUUCCAUGUUAAUGCAUACCAUUUCGUUAGUACGUUAUUAAUGCGGUAUAAAUUUUAUUAUUAUUAUUAUUAUUAUUAUUAUUAUUAUUAUCAUUAUUAUUAUUAUCAUUAUUAUUAUUAUUAUUAUUAUUAUUAUUGAUAGCCUUACUCCGCCUUUGAUAAAUUACUUUGAAAUUGGCGUUAUAGAAAUGUUUAUAUAUUAUUAUAAGUAGUACAGUGUGACUACAUACCAUCUCACCAUGUACCAUCAUACAUGCAGGUAGUAUGUAAUCACACGUACAGAUGUAGUACAGGUACCAGUGUAACACCGGUUGUGUUUUUUAUUUUGAUAAUGAUUGUAAUCCUUAAAUUAGAUAUUAUGUUAUAACCAGUUUUAUAAUUAUAUUUUGGUAAUUAUUUGUAGGAAAAUAUAAUUUUAUUUGCAAAUAACCUUAGAUUGAACUGUCUUCCGCAUAUAAUAAUAAUAAUAAUUUUUGCAUACCGACCUACCUGUGUGUCUCAUCGCAUUGUUAAGUACUAAUUCUCGAAAAAUUAUGUACAAGUUUAGAUAGAUUUUAAAAGAGGUUACUCUUUAUUCUUGACUUGUACAGUAGAAGACAUGCUAAAACUAAUGGUUGGAGUCGUUAGAACAAGAGUAAUUUGAUGUGUAAAAGUCGCCUUACAUUUUACCUUUGUAAAACUACAUUCCCUGGAUAAAUAGUAGGGCUAACCAUCGUCCAUGUUAACAAAUAAAGUAAUGCGGAAUGAAAAAUAUA